AGAGAAUAUUGUGUCACUCGAUGAUACUACUCUUUACUUAUGCUGUCGUAUUUAAUUCCGUUAAUUUUAUUUUUUUUUGCUCUUUUUUUCUAAUUCUUUAUAUUUAUUUUUUUUUCUCGCUACUCGUAGGUCGUUUCAAAAGUGAAGAUGAUUUUUUUUUUCAUUCGUUUUACCAAUAAAUUUGUGUUGUUUCUUUUCGCUUUUUCGUGUGUGGUACGACAGAGAGAUGUAAAAAACUGCUGUGUGUAUACAUGAAGUAUAUCGUGGAAAAAAAAGUGACAAUCAAUAAUGUCGACAAAGAAGAAUAUAAUAAAUACACGCGCGAACCUUAUUAGAACGAAGGCAUCUACACUAUGUUUGACAUUGCGUAAAAUCAGAAAACGAAUGAGAUAGAAACAGGUGAACCCGACAACGACAACGACAUCGAUGACAACGACGACGAAUAGCAGUGUGAUAUUUUGUGCGCCGUACGCUGUGUGUAUGUGUGACUGUAUUGGUGUAUGUGUGUAUCGCAUACAAAUUCGUUUGGCUGAUACGAUGCGAUGAGAAUUUGGCAAAUGGCGCGAGUGAAUGCACGAUAUGGCGUAUGUAACGAGCGAAAGUGAAACGAAUAGUGAGUGUAUGCUACGGAUACUACCACAUGAGCAGUUGCAGUGCACAGGCAAACGAGGCGCGAUUCGAAUGUUGGACUAGGAAGUGAAAGCGAAUUCAACGUGCUGCUACAACGGCUAAUAGAACGAAUUCCAGUAGAAGCCCCGAAAUAACAAAAACAACAACACACGGCGAAACACAACACAUCGGAAAUAUUAAACAAAAAUCGGAUCAGUCAUUGCACAGAAGUCUUGAGUUGACGUUGUGUGCUAUUGGUUAUUAGAUUUAGUUGUGUCAUAAUCUUGUUCGAAUUGUUGUUUUUUCUGGCUUCGGGUACACACAAGAACGCAGAAUAGUGUUGCAAGACAGGAAACAAUGUCAUCAAAUUAAAAUUUAAGGAAAUCCAGCCCACAAACCAAACACACCUUUCAGUCCAGGUGGUGGUCAUCGUGGUUGAAUUACCAGACACAGACACAUAGACAGUAAUUUGAGCUUCCUGAGACACAGUUCAACCUCCCACCAAUUGACCUCUUCCACCUAAUGGAUACGUUCGCCUCACAUAAAAUGAACCCGACAUUACCGCAAGCUUCAUCGUUGACCACAUCAAAAUCGCUGGAAAUCGACGCGAAACCAUCAUUCGAAGACGAUGAUGAGUUUCAAGAUGCAUGGGAUGAUGUUGAAGAUCCAAUUCCAAAAAUGGGUGACAUGGAUUUGGAAACAUCGUUAGCAGAGGCAAAACUGGCUGUGGAUUAUUUCUUCAAUAAUAAAUUUACAGAAGCAAAACAGCUGAUGCAACCAUGGUCUCAGUCGUCCAUGUAUCAUGCCAUUGGGAAUUGUGUAUUUCUCUUUCUGGAAGCGGUUCUAACGUUUGAGCACGAGCACAUCGUCAAAGCGUCGGAAGCGAUUAACAAAUGUUUGGCGGUGUGCAAUAGACAUCGCAAGAAAAACACCAUCACCGAAAGCAUAGGCAAAACGUUUAAACGGCAUAACUAUGAGCAAUACACCGAAUUUGAAGCGCAUGCUGAACUUUGUUCGGCCGAAGCACUUCUCUUAAAAGCUUUAUUAACAUUCAUCGAAGAUGAAACUCUAACGAGUCUAAUUAAAGGCGGCAUUAAAAUUCGCACAUGUUUUAAUAGUUACAAAGAAUGUAUGCAAAUACUGGAGAAGCGUCAAUGGGAGCAGACGGGCUCGAGAAAUCAUUUCGAAAGUGGUGUUCGAAUGGGCGUGGGUACAUUUAAUUUGAUGGUGUCACUGUUACCAGGUCGUGUUAUCCGGCUAUUGGAAUUUAUCGGGUUUUCGGGCAACAAGCAAACUGGUUUGCAAGACCUUAAACUUGGCUGCGAAAUGGAUGGUAUCCGGCAAGUACUUUGUGUUAUGACCCUGUUAGCUUAUAACUUGAUCGUAUGCUAUGUGCUAAGUCAUCAAGAAGGUGAUAUCGAGUUUUGUGAUGAAGUGCUCAAUAACCAGUUGAAGGUGUAUCCGAAGGGAGUAUGGUUCUUGUUUUUCAAAGGUCGUCUCGAAUUUAUGAAAGGUAAUUUGGACGAAGCGCUGGUUUGGUAUAAAAAAUCAUGGAAAUCACAGGAUCUCUGGCCUCAAUUCCAUCAUUUAUGCUUCUGGGAAAUUUUAUGGGUAAAUUGCGCCAAAUUGAACUGGAAGGAAGCAGAAAUAUUUGCAUCGUUGUUGUGCGAGCAUAGCAAAUGGUCGCGUACGAUCUACACGUAUCAACGAGCUGUUGUGAUGCUAAUGCGUGAUAAAAAAGACCUAACACCAUCGGAAUUGCAAACUAUUGAAAAUCUUAUGCGCGAAGUGCCUCAAUACAAGCAACGUAUUGCCGGAAAAUCGUUGCCAAUGGAAAAAUUCACGAUAAAAAAAGCCGAACGCUUUUUUGCGGAAAAAAAGCAUCUGGUGCUGCCAGCCGUUGAACUAAUGUACCUGUGGAAUGCAUUCAAAAUAUUGGGAAAACACUACCAUUUGGCCGACAAUGUGUAUCGGCUCAUCGAAAAGGCUCAACAGGAUUUAGACGCUCGAACCGAACGCACCAAAUACGAUGUGGAAAAUCGUGCGUUGAUUCUAUUGCUGAAAGGUGCUGUGCUUCGUCAAAUGAAGAGUCCAUUGCAGGCAUUACAAUGUCUCGAAGGUGUGGUGAAUUUGCAUAAAGAGAUCAAAGAGGAUGAAUAUUUGGUGCCGUAUGCUAUUGUGGAAAUAGCUUGGUUGUACAUUGAUAGUGGGCGCAUUGAUGCUGCCAUUGCUGCACUUGAAGAUGCCAAGAAAAAUUACACGGGAUAUUCAUUGGAGUCACGUUUGCACUUCCGCAUACAUAAUGCCUUAAGUGAAUUAAAACCAAAGAAUCGAUCUAGAGAUAAGAAUAAUUUAUCGCCGGACCAUGAACACUGAAUGUUGUUCGUUCGUUUGUUUUGUUUUAGUCAGUGCCCUUAGCUGUAGCAAAUGGUAUACCAGUAGACUAGACAUGAAAACACAAAGCUGUUCGAGUGAAACACAUACAUUUCAAUGAAUGAACACAACAAAAAAAAUCCCAAAUAUUUUCUUACCAAAUAUUCAAGAAAAAAAAUCUAUUCAAAUAAAAUAAUGAAAAUGUUCAAGCCAAUUGUAACGUCACCAAAAUGUUUUUUUUAUAUUUAAAUUUGUCAGGUGUUGUCGGUAGCAAGUGCAAAAAAAAUGCAUUUUCUAUUAAUUAAUUUUUUUUUCUUUUUCUAGUUAUAAAAUACUUUGAACCGUACCAUUUCAAUUGUAUUUAAAUCAAACCAAAUCGUAUUUCUUUAACAAAUGAACACAACAACCAAAUAUGAAUAAUAAAAAAACACACAAAUGUCUAUGACAAAAUGUUACGUUUUAAUAUAUAAAAGAAAAUCUCAAUAAAA